AUGGCUCCGUCCUUGUUUUUGCUCUUCCUAGUCUCGUUGGUGUGGGUGGUCUUAUCCUUACCACGGAUGAUGCCUGCGGCGGCAGCAGAUGGGCAAGGAGGAGAGCACUGCCCGCCCAAGCUAUGCGGCAACGUGACCAUCUCCUUCCCGUUUGGGCUCAUCCCGCAGGGCGCCAAGCAGACCAACUGCGGCGGCGGGAUUGGGUUCCAGGUUCGUUGCCGUAACAACCACCCACCACGCCUCGGAUACUAUCAGAGCGAGGUCAUCUUGCAGAUCCUCAGAAUCUUUUACCACAACCGCUCCUUGCUCAUCGCCGAUAGACCACUCGUGCAGCCAUAUUUUGAUUUGUCUAGCCACGACGGCUGCCGAAUCCCGGCGGCUAACACCUCCUCCGUACUGGUUCCUCCGCUCUCGGUUAGUCCCGUCAAUCAGAACCUCAUCUUCUACAAUUGCACCAAGCCGCCGUCGCCAGGUGGUGUGGACCUCGUGGAGACGGUGUGCCACACCAACACGUUUGUUCGUGCCGCCGAUGGGCGUUCCGACGAGUCAGCCGACAGCUACUUUUUGGAAGGCUGCACCGCUGCCAUGGUGCCAGUGCUUGGAGUAUCUGGCAAGGUGAACGCUAGCAACUACCAGCAACUCGUCUGGGACGGCUUCCUCGCGACAUGGCAGUGGAUGCCGCCGCCGUCAGUUGUCUUGUCCUCUACAGCCAGCUUGAUUCUUACGUGCCUUGUUUGGGUAAUGUACCGCAAGAAGAGAAAGGAAAAGCCCGUUACAUCCAACCAAAAUUGCAAAAGCUAUGAAUCAAAUAUAGAGGAAAUACUAAAAGGAUAUGAUUCUCUCGUCCCAAAAAGGUACAAAUACUCAGAGGUAAAGAAGAUAACCGGAUCUUUCAAUGAUAAGUUAGGAGAAGGCGGCGGCUAUGGCACGGUAUUUAAGGGGAAUUUAGAAGAUGGCCAGAAGGUUGCUGUGAAACUACUGAAAGGAUCAAAAGGAAAUGGAGAGGAGUUCGUGAAUGAGGUUGUGAGUAUCCGUAGGACAUCUCAUGUAAAUAUUGUCAAUUUACUUGGUUUUUGUUUACAUGGACCUAAGAGAGCACUUAUUUACGAAUACAUGGCUAAUGGUUCAUUGGAGAAGUAUAUACAAUCAGAAGAAACAAAAAGGGCCAUUGGAUGGGAAAAGUUGCGAGAAAUAGCAACAGGAAUUGCGCGAGGCUUGGAAUAUUUGCAUCGGGGCUGUAAUACACGGAUCAUCCAUUUUGAUAUCAAGCCAAAUAACAUACUUCUAGAUGAAGACUUUUGUCCCAAAAUAGCAGAUUUUGGAUUGGCAAAACUGUGUCAUCUUAAGGAUAGUGCCCUCUCAAUGGCUGAAGCAAGAGGUACCAUCGGUUUUAUUGCUCCAGAAGUAUUUUCAAGGGGUUAUGGAGUUGUGUCCACCAAGUCAGACGUAUACAGCUACGGAAUGAUGUUGUUAGAAAUGGCACGAGGAAGGAAGAAUCUUACAGAAGACACUGAGAAUUCUAGUCAACAAUAUUUUCCAAACUGGGUUCAUGACCGUUUGGUUAAAGAUUUACAAAGUCAUGAAGUCACAUGCAAGACAGAAGAGAUUGCAAAACAGAUGACCCUUGUUGGCUUGUGGUGCAUACAAACGACUCCAGAGAAUCGUCCAUCCAUGAGCAGGGUUAUAGAAAUGUUGGAGAAGAACCUAGAUGAAUUGGAAAUGCCCCCGAAACCAUUGCUUUCUUAUCCCUCGGUGCCGCCUCAUUUUUCAUAUGAACUUGGAUUGUUCUGCCAAGACUCAGGAGAGACCUCCCUUUCAACUAUCUUCCACAAUCCAACUCAAAAGCAAAUGAUUUGA